AUGCUUGGAAAACGAUUCUUCAAAAUGGAGCUAGGCCCAAGCGAGAUCUCAAGCCUAAGGAAGCACAGGUUCAUCGGAACAGACAACUCCAUCCUCUCAAAAUACGUAAUCCAUCACUACAUAAAGUGGAUGAUACAAAAAGUACCAGAAACAGUGGCACCAAACACACUGACUCUCUGCGGAUUUAUUGCAAUGAUCAUAAGUCUGUGCUUGACAUUGUUGUUUGAUCCAUACCUGAGCAAUCCCCCGCGUUUUCUUUCUCUCGCUAACUUUCUCUUGAUGUUUGUGUAUUUUACAUGUGACAAUCUGGAUGGAGCCCAAGCUAGAAGAACAGGAUCCGGAACGCCGCUAGGCCAACUUUUUGAUCAUGGGGUGGACUCGUGCUGUGCUCUGAUCACAAGCAUAACGCUUUCAUCUACUUUUGGGUUUGGACUAUCACAGAAGUUCCUAAUACUUGCACUGGCCAUUAUGACCCAAUUCUAUCUUGCUGGAGUUGAGGAGAAAUUCACCGGGCAUUUCGUUCUGGGAAAAAUCAGCGGGGCCUCAGAGGGAGUAGCAUUUGCUUUGAUAUCACACUUGACCACCUUUGCAUGUGGAAAGGGGUUCUUCCAUUAUGUCUUCUCAGACGAGUUUCUCUGGCCUGUCAAGAAGUUCUACUCCUCAAUACUAGGAACAAGCAAUUUUAGUGCAGUUUCAGCAGUCAUUGCAACGUCUCUGGUGCUCAACACCGCAUUAACUCUGAUAUCAAUAGAGUCCAAGACAAACCCACCAAAGAGAUUUUUGCUAUACUCGACAUUCCUAAGGAUCAUGUCCUUUACUACCUCGUUUGUCAUUCUGUAUAACACCCUCACAACAGAAAAGCUGUGGGUGCAGUAUCUAAACAUCCUGAUGUUUGGGCAGAUAUUCUCGAUAAGUUAUGUGAACGAGGUGUGCUCUUACAUAAUCAAGAAAGACCUCUUCCUAUUCACCCCGGUAUAUCUGAUGUAUCUUGUAAUUUCUGCCAUUUUGCAACUGAAGCACUUCAGGGAGUUCAAGAGGCCUCUUAUAGGCGCUUGUUUUGUUUUUACUUCUAUAUACUAUGUUCUGGUGAUGUCAAGAGUGAUACUCGCAUUCAAGGAGGCAUUGGGGAUUAGUUUCUUAUCGAUUGUAAAAGAUACAAGGAAGCUUGCCAGGCAGAAUCCAUAUUAA